AUGGAUUUAGAUGAUGAAUCAUCAGAUGAUGAAAUAAGUAUUGAAGAGAUUAGUAAAAAUGAUGGACCAACUGCAUUGGAAAUAAUGCAUCUUCUUCCUACUUAUGAUUUGAAAUUAGCAUUUCCUAAUUUGUAUUUAGCUUACCAAGGAUUAUGUACUAUGCCCGCAUCAUCAGCUUCAGCUGAAAGGAGCUUUUCAAAGGUUAAGCUCAUUAAAACACGACUACGCUCAACAAUGGGGCAAUCUAGAUUGGAAAGUUUAUUGAUUCUUUCCUGUGAGAGGGAUAAGAAAAUAAAUAUUGAAGAUGCAAUUAAUACUUUUGGAAAUUCAUCAAGUCUUCUUAAAAAAUGUUUAAUGUAUUCCUAG